ACUUUCCUAGGUAGUUGUGUUUGCCUGCACAUCAGCAAACAGCCUCGAGUUCUGAGCCUCCAAAGUGAGCAACCGUGCCUUUUGUUAAAUAGGAAGUUAAAAGUGUAUUUACGAGGAUUUGAACAAGGAAACACCAGGUUGGGGAUAAUUUCCAGAAUUCUUUGUCCUUUCAAAACAGGUUUGUUUGGUUCUCUCUUUCUCUCUCGAUCCCUGCCAAAGCUCUUGCAUUAACAAGCCUCUGUGCUGUUAUUUAUUUCUGUAAGGCUGAAAUAAAUAAGCGCCACAAGGAAAUAUGGCACUUAUCCAGUGGCUUCUGCUUCUUCUUCUGCUGCUGCUGCAAGUACUGCAUGAGGUGACAGGUACCAGGGUAAAACUCAACAUGGGCGGUUUUGAGGACAUCGUCGUCGCAAUCGACCCCCAGAUCCCGGAAGACAACAAAAUGGUGGAUGCCAUAAAGGACAUGCUGAAAGAGGCAUCAACUUAUCUCUUUAGUGCUACACGGCAAAGAUUUUAUUUCAAGACUGUGAAAGUUAUAAUUCCUUCCACAUGGAAACCGAAAAAUGAAUAUCAGAGAGUAACUACAGAAUUCUUUGAUAAGGCUGAUGUCAUAGUGGCGGAUCAUUACUUGAAACAUGGAGAUGAUCCCUACACCCUACAGUAUGGCGGAUGCGGGGAACCUGGGCGAUACAUUCAUUUCACUCCUAACUUCCUGACAAAUGACAAGUUGCAUAGUGCUUAUGGUCCACGAGGCAGGGUCUUUGUCCAUGAGUGGGCUCAUCUCAGAUGGGGUGUCUUUGAUGAAUACAACAAUGAUGCACCUUUCUACUCUCCUGGGGGAGACAACUUGCCUGAAGCAACAAGAUGCUCAGUUGGUUUCACUGGUCAAUACAUAUUCCCGCUUGGUGGAAAGAAUUACAGAGAUUGCAAAAUUGACCACCUAACUCAGCUGUAUGAAGAUGGGUGCCUAUUUGUUCCCAAAAGGCAUCAAGAUACUGCAGCUUCUAUAAUGUACUUGCAAAGUCUCCCUUCAGUUACUCAGUUCUGUGACAAAAGCAACCAUAAUAUUAAAGCAACAAAUAUGCAGAAUAAAAUGUGCAACUACAGGAGCAGCUGGGAAGUAAUCAUGGCCUCUCCCGACUUUGCCAAUUCAUCUCCAAUAACGGUUCCCCCACCUGAUCCCACUAUCUCCUUGCUGCAAAAACAGGAGAGAGUUUUGUGUCUAGUACUUGAUGUUUCCAGAAGUAUGGAUUUGAACAAUCGCACUGUUCGGCUGAAACAAGCUGCAGAAAUAUUCCUCCUGCAGAUUAUUGAAGUGGGAUCCUGGGUUGGAAUAGUUGCAUUCAAUAGCACAGCAGCAGUUAAGACCCAUUUGAAGCAGAUCAAUAACGACAGUGUGCGCAAAACACUCACAGAGUACCUGCCUACCAGAACUACUAGAGGAACCAACAUAUGUUCUGGAGUGCGGUCAGGAUUUCAGGUGUUUUUAAACAAGUAUGGAAGUACCAAAGGCUGUGAAAUCGUUCUCUUGACAGAUGGAGAAGAUGCAGCUAUAAGCUCUUGUUUUGAUGAAGUUCAAAGAAGCGGGUCUAUAAUUCACACCAUUGCUUUGGGGUCAAGUGCUGCAAGAGAACUGGAAAUGUUGGCAGACAAGACGGGGGGUCUGAAAUUUUCUGUCACUGACAGUUUGGAUUCCAACGGCCUCAUCGAUGCUUUCAGUGGAAUUUCUUCAGGAAGUGGAGAUAUCAGUCAACAAUCUAUUCAGCUUGAAAGUAGAGGGCAAAGGGUCAGUUCCAAAGACCAGCUGAAUGGUAUUGUAACUAUUGAUAAAACAGUGGGGAAUGACACUUUCUUCGUGGUGACGUGGGACACAUCUCCACCGGAAAUUCUGCUCACAGAUCCCAAAGGAAAAGAGUACACUGAAAAAGACUUUGCAAUUGAUAAUACUAAUGUCAAAUCAGCUCGCCUCAAGAUUGAUGGAACCGCAGAGACAGGAGACUGGAUUUAUUCAAUUCAGAACACACAUUCAGGAGCACAAGUCAUAUCAAUAGUGGUAACCACUCGAGCAGCAUCUGCAGCUGUGCCUCCUUUGAUUGUGAAGCCCUACACGAAAAGUGAUACCAAUAAGUUUCCUAGUCCGAUGGUUAUUUAUGCAGAAGUCAGCCAAGGAUUCUUGCCUGUUAUCGGUGCAAAAGUCACAGCGACAGUCGAACCAGAGAUUGGAACACCAGUAGAACUGGAGCUUUAUGAUGAUGGUUCAGGCGCCGAUAUUCUCAAGAACGACGGAAUCUACUCCAGGUAUUUCACGUCAUUCAGAGGAAACGGUAGACACAAUAUCAAAGUGCGUGUCCAAGGAAAAGACCAGACGCUCAGACGGUCCCGUAGACAGAGUCAAGCUUUAUAUAUAACAGGAGUUAUAGAAGAAGAUGGUAACAUAACAAUGAACCCCCCCAAACCUGAACCUACAGAUGAUGAACUCCAAGCCGAUCUAGGAGGCGUCAGUAGAAUUGCCUCAGGUGGUUCUUUUGUAGUAUCAGGAGUCCCUUUUGAAGACACCAUCACAGAUGUCUUUCCACCCUCUAAAAUUACUGACCUUGAGGUAAAACUAGCUGAGGAUGAUGAUCAUUUCUGUUUGGCAUGGACGGCUCCUGGAAAUGAUUAUGAUGCAGGACAAGCUGAAAGAUAUGAAAUAAAAAUGAGUGAAAAUCCCUUGGAAUUAAGACAUGGAACUUUUGAUAGCGCCCCUUCUGUGAACACUACUGGACUUGCAGUGGAAGUUGCUGGGGUCAGACAAAUAUUUAGGUAUAAGCCCGACAACUUCACGAAAGAAAAUGGCACCUCCAUCUACUUUGCAAUUCGUGCCAUUGAUGGCAGCAACAACAUUGGAGAAGUAUCAAACAUAGCAAGAGCAGUUGUGCUUCUUCCUGUGUUGCCACCUACUCCUGCUAGUCCAGUCACAACUUCUACUGCUCACACUACUCCUACUAGUCCAGUCACAACUUCUACUGCUCACACUACUCCAGCUGACAAAUACUCUGUUUCGCCUACUCUGGAUGACAAACAUACAACUGCCUCUAAUGUGAAACCCACCUGUGCUAAUGAUACAAAAGCAAUAAAUACCACUAUGGAAACUGUGACCAUCGUAUGUGCUUCUGCAAUUAUAAUUUGUGCUAUUGUAAGUAUAACAGUUUAUGUUUUGCGUAAGCAGAGAUACAGAAGUUAUGACACUUGCACGGAUAUUACUGUUGCUAAUAAGAACGCCUUCACUAUUUUGUGAAGGAUAAUAUAUUUUAUUAACUGUUUUAAUGCUUACAAACAAAAUAUCGAAACAAACAAGAACAAACGCUACCCAAAACAAUCAUAACCUGGGUGUCUGCCCACAAACUCCGGCAUUAUGACGAAAACGAGAGUGCUGGAGAUGAUUUUACAUAUUCACAAUAAAAAUUAGCAGCGCUUUAUAAGCCUCAUGUGCUGUUUUUGUCUCAGCAUCUAUACUUUAAAGCCAGCAAUCGAUAUUAAAUGGGGAGCAUGUACAAUCAAGUACAUAGAUUUUUGAGAGACAGAUGGAAGACUACAUAAACUAUGAGAGAGUACCGUGUAAUAUACUAUCAAAUGUACUUUCCAUUCUGACUCCCUGCAAAUGUCUGGUUUUUCCUCCAUUAUCUUUUCCAUAGCAGCCAACCCCUAAACUUUGGCCCACCAGGCUUUGAAAGUAAAUAGUGUAUGGUAUCUCCAGUGAUGCGCUAUUUCUAAUCUG